CAGAGCCCAGCUGCCCAAUUCCAAUAUGGUGGCCAGCUUGGCAGACCUACGGUUCUUGUUGAUGAUAUUGUUGCUCUGCGGGAGGAUCGGGGACGGCGCCUGCAGCCAGCAAGCCCCGCACGUUCUGGGGUUGCGACUGGAGGACCCAGAAGGCCGGGUGUAUAUGAAGGAGAGGAUCAUCUCUGCGCCGCAAGGGGCCAGUUUCAAGCUCCGGCUGUUCGGCUCGGAUCUGAAUGGUACCUGGCCGUGGGUGGCGUUCGCUGGGGCUAGACUGGGAGAGGCCGGGGCGGUGGGGGAUGCAGCCGACCCGUGUGGGCAGGAGACCCGCCGUGACACCUCCGCCUUCCAGGUCACCGGGGAGGUCACGGCGGACGAGGAGUACAGCGGGCUGAUAGAGGUAAAGGUGCGGGACAAGAGCAUUAUGUCUCUCGCUGCAGGGGAUGAUGCCAACCCGACCUACCACCUGUGUGUGCUGAAGAGCGGGAGUUGGGUGUCAGUGGGACCGGACAGGCUGCGGAUCAACAACGAAAAUGGUCUCCCAGCGGACUACAUCCCUCUGUGGGGUGUGGCGGUGCUGAUUGUGCUGCUGAUCCUGGUGUGUGGGGUGCUGAGGACUGUGAACCUCAGCCUGCUGUGGCUGGACCCUCUGGAGCUCUAUGUCCUGCACAGCUGCGGCUCUGAGGAAGACAAACGGGCCGCCAAGCGCCUCGAGCCCAUCCGGAGAAGGGGCAACUUCCUGGUGUGUUCCCUGCUAUUCCUGUGCGCUCUGGGCCAUUCGGUUCUAGGUGUGCUGCUCUACCGGGCCGUGGGUUCCGUAGCGCCCGCCGUCUUCACCAGUGGGUUCCUCAUCUUCCUGGUGUCAGAGCUGGUUCCACACAUAGUGUGUUCCGGCUACGGCUUCCAGCUGGCCCCAGGCCUCACCUGGCUGGCACAGGUGUGUAUGGUGCUGACGUGCCCACUGUCGUGCCCACUGGGCCUGGUGCUGGAUCUGGCACUGAGGCGUGACAUCAGCACCUGCGGCGUGAGGGAGAGGGCCAUGGAGAUGAUACGCACCAAUGUCAACGACCCCUACAGUGAGUUUGUGAAGGAGGAGUUUAGCCGCGGUGCGCUGCGCAGCAAGACCGUGGAGGACAUCCUGACUCCGCUCAAGGACUGUUUCAUGCUGUCUUCUGCCGCUGUGCUGGACUUCUCCACCAUGUCCGAGAUCAUGCAGAGUGGAUACACGCGUGUCCCAAUCUACGAAGAGGAGAGGUCCAACAUCGUAGAGAUACUGUACGUGAAGGACCUGGCUCUGGUCGACCCUGAUGACUGUACUCCCAUGACAACUAUCACCAAGUUCUACAACCACCCUCUGCACUUUGUCUUCAACGACACCAAACUGGACGCCAUGCUGGAGGAGUUCAAGAAAGGAAACUCAGCCCUGGCCAUCGUUCAGAAGGUGAACAAUGAGGGGGAGGGAGACCCCUUUUAUGAGGUUCUGGGAUUGGUCACCUUGGAGGACGUCAUCGAGGAGAUCAUCAAAUCAGAGAUCCUGGAUGAGUCUGACGGAUACAUCGACAUGAAGGUGAAGCGUCCUCUGGCCCCUCUGGAGAUUUCCCUGGAGCCUCGCAGCGUCCACGAAGAAUUCUCUCUGUUCAAACUUCCCGAGGGUGAACCCAAGAUCCGCACCUCUCCCCAGCUACUGCUGGCCACACACCGCUUCCUGUCCAGAGAAGUAGAACACUUCAGCCUGGCCCGUGUGUCAGAGAAGGUGUUGUUCCACCUGCUGCGUCACCCCAGUGUCAACCAGGAAGUCCACUUUGACCCCUCCAACCGCCUGAGCGCAGACCACUACCUUUACACACGCAACCACCCCGUAGACUACUUCAUACUGCUACUACAGGGCCGUGUGGAGGUGGAGAUCGGUAAAGAGGGCUUGAAGUUUGAGAACGGAGCGUUCACAUACUACGGUGUGUCUGCACUCACAUUGCCAACCUCAGUGCACCAGUCUCCAGUGUCGACCCAGCGUCGUUCUCCCAGGGAUCCGUUUGAGUUGAGAGAUGCCACCAGCUCGUCCAGCUACUGUCCUGACUACACCGUCCGUGCCCUCACUGACCUGCAGCUCAUACGGGUGACUCGCAUGCAGUACCUGAAUGCUCUGAUGGCGUCACGUGUUGGCCAGAGCCCAGACCCUUCUGAAAUCAAGAUCCUGCCUAACAGUCAGACCAAGCUGCUCAACGAGAGGAACAUCACCACGCAAGAGUUCCCUGCAAACUUUUCUUUCUUUGACAACAUUGACAACUACUGUUAGUGUUUUCUGUGUGCAUGAGGUGGCAGUAAAUCCCAGGAGAGUUCCACAGAAGAGGAGGCUCAUGGGUAAUGCGGUUUUCUCCCUCAGAACGACGUGUGUUACUCAGACGACCAACCGACAGUCACAUGCGACUGUUUUUUAGGAGUAGACUUAAUGUGUUUAUCUCUGAAAUGCAGUGAUUGAACCUGGCUAGUGUGAGCGUGUGUGUCGCUGCUGCACCAUCCUCAGCUGUACUUCUCAUUCAUUAUGUUUCGCAUUGAAUCAGCCAUGACUAUUGUGCGUGUGUAUGCAUACCUGUGUGUGUGUGUGUGUGUCUCCUCCCUGUUGUAAUUCAGCCUCCUUUCCUAAAUGUUACAUUGCCUGUUCCUUCAUUUAUUAUCAGUGUGCCAAAGCGACUCACCUUAACCUCCUGUGGGUGUGCGCGGAUUGUCAAAACCCGUCCAUCCAAGCAUUAGACAGAGGGUGGUAAAAACCAGUUGAUUUGCACUAAAGUGUGGUGAUUUGCUUUAGUCGUUGAUGUAUACGUCCAUUUCACUUUAUACACUCCCACAUUUCAGACGUAUAUUUGUAUGUAGAGCCAAAUAUUGCUUGUUUUUGUUGUUUAUACCAUUCAAUGCAGUACUUAUUGCUGCCUAAUGAUUGUAUUUUUUCUUUAGUUAGUGAUAGAUCGCCCAACAUUUAAUAAAUAUCUAUUUGAACAUUUUCGUAUUUUAACAUUUUCGGUGAACUAUCCCUUUAAGAGAGCUGAUUCGAUGCCUAUUCCUUUGCACAGUCAGACGUUUAGCUUUAGGUCUGAGCUGUGAUGAGCGAGGCAGAUUACGUGAGAGAGGCAGAUUACCCUGACCCACUCUGCUUUCAUGCAUUCUUUUUGUGUGGCCAACAAGAUUCAUGAAGUUGCCGUAGUUUGUGUGUGUGUUUGUGUCAUAUCUAAAGCACCUUGUUGAUUUUUUAUCAUCCUUGAUAGCCCAGUAGGUUGAGUUCCAUUAACAUUCCACAUCACUUCUGUGUCCAGGUGUGGGAGUGUGUGUCUGUUGUUUGGCUGGCCAUAUGUGUAUUGUCCGUCAGUAUUCAGUCUUACAGACUCCUUCAGGAAACUCAAUUUCCCAUGUUGCAGCGUACCUACCCAUGUGUGCAGGGAACACAUCUGUGUUACCCACUGUCGAGACUGGAAACCUAGAGAACGGCCUGGUCCAGAAUCAACCCCUUGGGCCUUCCCCUAAUGCCUCCCCCUGGCCUAUAGCCGUCUACCCUUUUCUUGAUCUAACUAAAAGGUGGCGACUCCACCUAGACUUUGUCAUUCUGAUCUGCAAAUAUCAAACAAAGAGGGGGUACGAGUCUUUGGAGUGGAUCAGAGUGCACAGUGCAGACCAUAGCAAAAUGUUUUGCAAUGGAAAAUGAAAAACAAUCAUUUCUUAUUGGACAAGUUCGGGUAGUCCAACCCUGUUUCAGUCGUGUUCUUCUGUUUGGUGCCUAAUGAACAUGACACAGUGUUUCCCAGCGGUCAUGUUAUGGGCCGGCCAUCUUGUUUGCCUCAGUCCUUCUGAGGGAGGGUCUCGUUUUUGUUUAUCUACUUUAACAAUAAAAAAAAUCAUUAGCAAUCUACACACAAUGACAAAUCAAUUUAUUCAAACAAAACAGUACCUUAUUUACAUAAGUAUUCAGACCCUUUGCUAUGAGACUCGAGAUUGAGCUCAGGUGCAUCCUGUUUCCAUUGAUAAUCAUUGAGAUGUUUCUACAACUUGAUUGGAGUCCACCUGUGGUAAAUUCAAUUGAUUGGACAUGAUUUGGAAAGGCACACACCUGUCAAUAUAAGGUCCCAGAGUUGACAGUGCAUGUCAGAGAUAAAACCAUUCCAUGAGGUCAAAGGAAUUGUCCGUAGAGCUCCAAGACAGGAUUGUGUCGGCACAGAUCUGGGGAAGGGUACCAACACAUUUCUGCAGCAUUGAAGAUCCCCCAAGAACACCGUGAACUCCAUCCUUCUUAAAUGGAAGAAGUUUGGAACCACCAAGACUCUUCCUAGAGCUGGCCAUCCGGCCAAAUUGAGCAGGAGAGAAGUGCAAUGGUCAGGGAGGUGACCAAGAACCUGCUGGUCACUCUGACAGCGCUCUAGAGUUCCUCUGUGGAGAUGGGAGAACCUUCCAGAAUGAUAACCAUCUUUGCAGCACUCCACCAAUCAGGCCUUUAUGGCAGAGUGGCUAGACGGAAGCCACUCCUCAGUAAAAGGCACAUGACAGCCCUCUUGGAGUUUGCCAAAAGGCACCUAAAGACUCUCAGACCAUGAGAAACAAGAUUCUCUGGUCUGAUGAAACCAAGAUUGAAAAUUUUUGCCUGAAUGCCAAGCUUCACAUCUGGAGGAAACCUGACACCAUCCCUAUGGUGAAGCGUAGUGGUGGCAGCAUCAUGCUGGGGGGAGAUUUUUCAGUGGCAGGAACUGGGAGACUAGUCAGAAUCGAGGUAAGAUGAACAGAGCGUUCCUUGAUGGAAACUUGAUGCUCCAGAGAGCUCAGGACCUCAGACUGGGGGGGCGAAGGUUCACCUUCCAACAGGACAAUGGCCCAAAGCACACAGCCAAGACAAUGCAGGAGUGGCUUCGGGACAAGUCUCAACGUCCUUGAAUGACCCAGCCAGAACCCGGACUUGAACCCCAUCGAACAUCUCUGGGGAGACCUGAAAAUAGCUGAGGAGCAAUGCUCCCCAUCCAACCUGACAGAACUUGAGAGGAUCUGCAGAGAAGAAUGGGAGAAACUCCCAAAAUACAAGCUUGUAGUGUCAUACCCAAGAAAACUCGAUGUAAUCACUGCCAAAGGUGCUUCAACAAAGUACUGAGUGAAGGGUCUGAAUACUUGUGUAAAUAUUAAAGUUUUUUUAUUUGAAAUAAAUGAGCAAAAAUGUCUGUUUUUGCUUUGUCAUUAUGGAGUAUCGUGUGUAGAUUGAGGGUGGAGGGAACUAUUUAAUACAUUUUAGAAUAAGGCUGUAACAAUGUGGAAAAGGUCAAGGGGUCUGAAUACUUUCCUAAGGCACUAAUUACGUACAUAUGCUAAUUAAGUGAUUCACCGUUUGAUUCAAAGUUGAGCUGUUUUAACAAUUGUUUUGUAUCAAGUCCAUUCAUAUUGUAUCAAAGACUGAAUGUAUAUUGUAAAAAAGGUCAUCAUUACUUGUGCUACUUAUACUGAUCUGGAUAAUUAUUUUGUUUGUUGAUGAUGUAGAGAACUGUAUAUUAUAUACAUACGUAUAGAAAGAAUAUGAAUCAAGGAUGUAGAUUUUAAGCUUGUAGUUUUAAUCUCAGUUUUCAGGUACAUAUGUAUAAUACUGUUACCAUGACGAUAAAGGCCAGACCAGGUCUACUUUCUCUCCAGGUUUUGUUUGUAUAGAUUCUUUCCCAAUUUUUAUCUGGAAUGCUGAGUUGUGGCUGCAGGGAACAUUGCAUUGAAAUCUUUCAAUAUCUGCUGUUUCUUAGUAAUAAACCCAGACCUGGUAUACAU